ACCGCAGUUUGCAAGGGAAAGUUACGAGAAGAAAAAGGCUUCUAAACCUGGAAUAGCCCCUGGCUGAUCUCUAGCUGUUGAUACAACACACAAUCUUCAAGAAAUGGCAGCAAGCUCCACCCUCCGGCCCCUUCGACUGAGGGGUGUCGCAUUUCCCACGUCCGGUCUUGUCAGUUGUCAAAGAACCUGUUCAGUACGAGGAAACAAUUGGAGUUUAUGGCAUUCGGGUAAACGACUCGCAUCUACCGCGACCCCCAUGACACCGCCGGCGGCCACGGCAAAGCGCACUAAGAAUGCCUUCGGCAAAUACGUGUUUCGCGCUUCCCUCGUAUUGGUGCUUUUAGGUGGCUACUUUUAUGUCACAGAUACCCGAGCGAGUGUGCAUCGAUAUGUUAUUGUGCCACUCGUUCGGUGGGUUUACCCAGACGCAGAGGAUGCGCAUCACGCGGGCGUUGUUGCGCUCAAAGAGUUAUACAAGCUCGGCUUGCACCCACGAGAACGAGAUACACCUGACCGCGAUGGAAAGCUAGAGACGCAGGUCUUUGGAUACACGCUCUCAAACCCCAUCGGUAUCUCAGGCGGACUAGACAAACACGCCGACAUCCCAGACCCCCUCUUCGCGCUAGGACCUGCAGUUGUCGAAGUCGGAGGCACAACACCUCUCCCGCAAGAUGGAAACCCAAAGCCCCGUGUUUUUCGCUUGGUGUCGCAAGCCGCAAUGAUAAACCGUUAUGGACUUAACUCCAAGGGCGCCGAUCACAUGGCCGAAGUAUUACAAAAACGCGUCCGCGAUUUCGCCUUUGCCCAUGGUUUCGGUGAGCAUGACGCCGGCGAGCAGCGUGUGCUGAAUGGCGAAGCUGGCGUCCCCCCUGGGAGUCUACUCGAUGGCAAGCUUCUUGCUGUGCAAGUUGCCAAAAAUAAACUUACCCCAGAGUCUGACAUUGCCGCCGUAACCCGGGAUUAUGUGUACUGUGUAGACCGGCUUGCGCCAUACGCUGACAUAGUAGUGGUCAAUGUCUCUAGCCCCAACACCCCUGGCCUGCGCGGCCUGCAAGCCGCGGGACCUUUGACGGAGAUCCUGAAAGGUGUUGUAGGCGCAGCGAGGGGUAUUGACCGCAAAUCCAAGCCGUUUGUGAUGGUCAAAGUCAGCCCUGACGAGGAUUCAGACGAGCAAGUGGACGGCAUCUGUCACGCGGUUCGCGAGUCUGGCGUGGACGGGGUUAUAGUUGGGAAUACGACGAAUCAUCGGCCGAGUCCGCUGCCUAAAGGGUACGUGCUCCCGAUAAAGGAGCAGCAGACGCUCACCGAGACUGGCGGCUACUCGGGUCCCCAGCUUUUCGAGCGUACGGUAGCGUUGGUGUCGCGAUACAAGGACAAGUUCGCGGCGGAGGGCUCGCCGAAGACGAUUUUCGCGUCUGGUGGGAUUACUACCGGUAAGCAGGCUCAGGCGGCUCUUGAUGCUGGUGCGUCUGUGGCCAUGAUGUAUACGGCUAUCACGUAUGGUGGGUCAGGGACAGUCACGCGAGUGAAGAAGGAACUUCGAGAGGAAAGGGAAAAAAAAUAGACGCAAGUUGGAUGAAAAAUCGGUGUAAUUAUGUAUUAUGUAUUCGCGUCAUUAUCAAUUUU